GCUGACCUCUCUACCCGAAAAAAGUGUGAGGUCAUCUUGGGUUCCUGACUCUCCCUGCCAUCCCUCCCUUCUAUACUCUCCUUCGCCCUCUUUGGUGCUACGAUUUCGCCAUGACCAACUAGCCCGCCUGCUACGGAUGAAUUCAUAAUAUCCCAAAUCCCUCGACAGGGCCAAUCCCGGUCCGUCCGGUAUCAAAACUUCGACUCAUUCGUUUUGUUGCGACUAUCCUACCAGGAUCCUCUCCGUCGUUCGUGUUAGCCAACGUCCUCGUGUUGUCUAUUCAGCAUGGCGGGCAAUGGCACACCGAAUUCUCAGUUCCUUGCUCCUCCGGCCGUUACUGCCUUACGGCAGGAGGCCCGGAGUGUCGACCCGAAAUUCCCACCAAUGAGCCGUUCGAUCAGCGAUGAUAUGCGAGAAGAGCGUGAAGAUUUGAAGGAGGCGGCGGAACAAACCCUGAAUGUCAUUGUCGACUUGGAUCUCGAUGGUCGGAUCAAAUGGGUUAGUCCGUCGUGGAAACAGGUCGUGGGCACCGCUCCCGAGUCCGUUGAAGGGCGCAUGAUUGCAGACUUUUUGCUCGGGAAUAAGGAUGUGUUUCAGGAUGCCAUUGAGUCCUUGAAGGUGGACGAUUCGCGCAGUCGUUUCAUUCGCUUUGCGGUGCCAAUGGGUCCCGACUCUCUCUUGAAGUAUGCCCCAGAGUCACGACCGCUGGAGGAAGGACAGAUGAAGGUUACUGAAGGGAAGGUCCCGGAGAAAGCUGAGGAGGUGCCGCUCGAGAAGGCAGAAGAAGAUUAUCUCCAUGGCAUUCUGGACAUGGAGGCGCAAGGAAUCAUGGUUUUCGAUCGUACGACUGAUGGAUCCAGCCAUGUGGGCCAUGUUAUGUGGAUGUUGCGACCCUUCACUCAGCCGAGAGAAGUGACCAUCGACCUCCCCCCGCUCCUCGUGGAAUCCUUGGGUGUUGGUGCAGAAGUGUUGGCAAACUACUUGACAACCCUGGCGGAGGCAGCGGCGAACGAACCCGAUCCAUCCAAGCAUCCAGCACCGGAACCAAUCUUAUGCCGCAUCUGUGAACGUCAGAUUACGCCUUGGUGGUUUGAAAAGCAUUCGGAUCUCUGUCUGCAAGAGCAUCGGUCCGAGAUGGAUGUCCAAAUCGCUCAGGAGAAUCUCAAUGAGCAUCGCCAUGCUAUCGUCAAAGUGCUGGAUGCACUCGAAGUCCAACAGAGUCGGCCUUUGACUGGCGACGGCAACUCUAUCCCCCCCGCCCUUGCUCCCGCCAUUCCUCCCGCUACCGUCGUAACUCCCCAACCAGAGUAUAAGGGCUUGCCAAUUGGGCCUUCGCCGGCAAGCUCAGCGCCAUCGUCAGGACUUACGUCCGGUUCUAGUUCCGCCCCUGCGACACCUCCUCGGUCAAGAGAACAUUCUACGUCGAGUGCGGGACAUGCUCGGGGCCGUUCAUUCGCUGUGCGACGGCCACUGGCCCGAAUCGUGGAACUCAUCCUUGAUUUGUGCGACACGGCUAUGGAGGUGAACAUGCCAAUCAUUAAAGAAACCCGUGCCGAUACCCCGGACGAUUUUCGAACCUUGUCGCCCCAGUCCGAGUCCCGUAUUUCUCAGGUUAUUCAAUGGCAGUCUCCGAGUAGCAACACCUUGGAACAAGAGCAGGGCUUAGCGGCUUUGUCAAUGGACACAGAGCAUGUUUGCAAAGCCAAGGUGGAUGCCGUUAUCCGCCACCGCAAAAUUGUCGAAUACGCUGAGCGAAUCCGCAUUGAAUACACUGUACUGGUCGAAGAAUGUAUCACAGCAGCCCUCAGCAAGGCUGAGCGUAUUGCUGCCGGCCAGCUGAGCGAUUUUUCCUGUUCAGAAGAUGAAGCUCCUCCCCCACAGGAGGAGGAAGAGGAGGCAGAGGGGGAGGGGGAGGGGGAGGGGGAGGAGAGGGAGGAGAGAGAAUCCCCUGCUGAGCAGGUAUCGAAGCCUAACCCAGAACCACCUGCCAUGCCAUCACCCCGUCAUCCUACGACAUCAGCGUUGACAGAGUCCAUUCGUAAUGCGCCUGAUACGUUCCAAGUGCCACCACCCGACGGGAGGAUAUCGUCUGCUGCUAUGUCUACCGGCCCGAACAGUCCGAUGGAGUGUCCCACGCCACGUUCACUCAAGAGCGUGGCCGGUCUGAGUACUUCGCAACAGUCACGACGUGGCCUUUCGUUGACUGACACCGACGCUGGGGAAACGAGUGAUAGCAGCGCUCUGUCGUCGGCCAUUCCAGGAGCUAUGCGGACCGAGUCCCCGUCAUCCGAUCGGAGUCUUGAACGGAAACGCAAGAGCUUGGUGCUCCCAGGCCUUGCCAACUCCCCCAAAAGGCAACCAUCUCCUGGCAGGAGUGCUGCACCCCGUUCCCCGUUGCGGGUGCCCAAACCACGUAUGUCGAGUGGUGCCGAGAGCUUGCCGUCUCCCAUGGCCUCGCCAUCUACGAAUGCAAGUGAAACUGCGGCCCACCAUUCUCAUCAUCUUCAUCACCAUACCCAUCACCGGCGCCAGUCGUCCGCGGCGUCUUCGGAUGUUGCUAAGCCGCCUGUGUCACCACGGAUGACCCAGCAUCAACCACGUCCUGCUCCUCCAUCGAUAAAGGACUUUGAGAUUAUCAAACCUAUCAGUAAAGGUGCUUUUGGUAGCGUGUACUUGUCUAAGAAGAAAACGACUGGUGAAUACUUUGCCAUCAAAGUGCUCAAGAAGGCCGAUAUGAUUGCCAAGAACCAGACUACGAAUGUCAAGGCUGAGCGGGCGAUCAUGAUGUGGCAAGGGGAAAGUGAUUUCGUUGCAAAACUUUAUUGGACUUUCUCCAGCAAAGACUAUCUCUAUCUGGUGAUGGAGUAUCUCAAUGGGGGCGACUGUGCUUCUCUUGUAAAGGUCUUGGGGGGUCUCCCUGAAGACUGGGCAAAGAAAUACAUUGCUGAAGUGGUUUUGGGGGUUGAACACCUGCACGGAAGAGGAAUAGUCCACCGUGACCUCAAACCGGACAAUCUACUUAUCGACCAGACUGGACACCUCAAACUGACCGACUUCGGAUUGUCUCGUAUGGGCCUCGUGGGACGCCAAAAGCGUCUUCUGAAGAGUUUGAAUGAAAACGAGUCGACACCCGAUCCCCUUAAACAAGAACCCCUUCGUGCAACCUCGAUGACCUCGUCGCGAUCUGCGUCGUUUGAUUUCCAAGGCGGUCAUUCGCCAGGUUCCACGCCCUUGAUCACACCGAAUGAUGCGGCGAGCAGCAUGACCCAGCCGUCAUACUUCAGUCUUAGCCAGGGUGGUCUCAGUCGACAAAGCUCGCGACGAGAGUCUGGCUAUCGCAGUGACAGUGUAGGAAGCGAUAACCUGCAUAACGUGUUUCGAGGGUUUUCACUCAAUGAGAGCGGCGAUGCUACCAGCCCAGCCCCGUUCCCGGGCCGAUUUCCGAGCAAUCUGACAGAAGACGAUGGUCAAAGUGAAACUAGUGACUCUCCAUAUCUGCAUCCCCUGCAGCCAACCGCCAGCAACCAGACGUCUUUUGGCACACCGCCACAACAGUCGAUGAUGCCGCCAUUGAUGGCACUCUUUGAUCCGGAGGAUCAGAAUAGACGCUUCGUGGGUACUCCUGACUAUCUCGCACCGGAGACUAUCAAUGGACUUGGUCAGGAUGAGAUCAGUGACUGGUGGUCGUUGGGAUGUAUCAUGUUUGAGUUUCUUUUCGGAUACCCGCCGUUCAACGCUGCCACGCCGGAUGAAGUAUUUGACAACAUCCUUCACCGAAGAGUCAACUGGCCCGACGAGCUCGAGGAAUUAGCAACUCCGGAAUCUAUCGAUCUUGUGAACAAGCUCAUGACGCUCAACCCUCGAGAGCGACUUGGAGCCAAUGUCGAUGAGAAGUUUCCGAACGGUGGAUCUGAGAUUCGCAGUCAUCCUUGGUUCUCUGAUGUGAAUUGGGAUACUCUUCUGGAAGAUAAGGCUCAGUUUGUCCCCAACAUCGAAAAUCCAGAAGACACGGAUUAUUUUGAUCCGCGCGGGGCGACAGACCAAGCUUUCGCUGACGAGCAGGAUGAUGGAGCGUCGCCGCAACAACCAUUGACUAGCGGACCAUAUCCGCCUCGCCCGCACGAUGCACUUUUCAAGGUUCGCUCCCAGGCCAACUCGAUAAAGCGGUCCUUGGUGCCUCUGGCAAUUCCACCACAUGUCCGUGACUCGCGUGACUCGCGGGGCAGGAGACUCAGCGAGCCUGUUGCCGGGGAUGACUUUGGUGACUUCACUUUUAAAAACCUUCCAAUGCUGGAGAAAGCCAACAAAGACCAGAUUCAAAAAUUGCGCCAAGAAGCAAAGCAUGCUCAGCAGCGUCAAUCCACCUCGGGCGCCCCGGGUCAACCUCAAUCUCAAGAGCCAACGCCGCCGCCCUCGACCCAGCAACAGCAGUCGCAACAGCAGCCCAUACCAGCACCGCAGCCGCUGGCAACUCCACAAUCUCCGUCUGCGCCUUCUCUGGAGGGAAGCCCGUUACCGAUGCCACUGCAGCGAGCUAUGUCGCAAAAUAAGGGCAAUCGACCGUCUUCUCCCUCUAACAUGAGCCAAGCCAAUUCGUCGCCCAGUCGUCCAUCGCAACCCUCCUCGCCGCUUCUGGUCCAGUUCAGCACAGGGCAGAACAACCACGAGCGCAGGAAGACGUCGGGUUCUUCGUCUGCCAAUUCACAGCAGUCGAGUGGAACGUUUGCAACAGGAAGUGCAAUGCCAUCGACAGGGUCGUCCCCCAUCAAGCCUAGUCGGAUGGGGACACACUCUCCUGACAAAACGCCUUCCGGUCCGCCGCGUCAAAGCAGAGUUUCCACCCGGGCAAGGUCUCAGACUGUGGGCUCUCAGGAUGGAGGUGAAUUGUCCUCGUCUCUUGCGAAGGAGUCCUACGUUGCAGGCCACUCUAAACGCCGAAGUCAAUUAUUCGACGCCUCCCCGUCAUCGUCAGAUAAUGAGGACCCCCGCACCAAGGCGCUACUUAAGGUUCAACGACGUCGUCAAAGCUCCCGACGUCUUUCUCAAAUCAAUCUUCUCGAUGGACCCUUCUUCCGCCCGUUGGAUGUGCUCAUCUGCGAGGACCACCCGGUCUCGAGGAUUGUCAUGGAGCGAUUGUUUGAGAAGCUUCGUUGUCGAACGAUUACCACAAGGAACGGCGCGGAGGCUACGAGUUACGCUCUUAGUGAAGUUCAAUUCGAUAUUAUCAUGACGGAGUACAAACUGCCUCAGCUGAAUGGAGCGGACUUUGCGCGCAUGGUCCGCGAGACACGAAGUGCCAAUCGCCAUACUCCAAUCAUUGCCGUGACCGGUUAUCUUAAAGACUUGCCAGAAACACAUCAUUUUGAUGCGCUGAUCGAAAAGCCUCCUACUCUGUCCAAGCUUACCGAAGCGCUCUGUCAGUUCUGUCAAUGGAAGCCUCCCCCUAAGGAUUAUAACCCUUCUCAACCGUUGCCAAUGCCGACUGCUCCCCCUCGCCAUCUUUCUCGUCACCGUGAAGACAGCCCAAGCUCGACUACGUCUUCUGGAUUUGCUCAUGCGCCUCCAAGCUCCUAUCAAGGGUCAAGCCGCGAAGACUCUAUUAGUAGCUUCGGUGAUACAGAGUCUGUUAAAACCGAUGAUGUUCCUGUUAUCAUCAGUCGCCAAGCCGACGAAUGGAGCCAGAACCAAGGCGGUCUAGGGAUUUCCGGUGAUGCGGCCUCUGAUCCCAAAUUACCAUCGCAAACUGCGCCGGUGCCACACUUGCUCCACUCUGCCUCGGCUCCAGGAGUCAUGAGUGCAUCGGGUGCUCUCACUCCUCGGAAACAGCGGUCCAGCGAGUCUAUCCAAGCGAAGCGGAAGUCAUUGGAGAAUAAACGGUACGAAUGCGCAGAGUCUGGGGACGAUGAGGACGAGGAGCUUGGGAACACUCCGUCCCGGACGCGCAGCCCGCAGAGCAGAGGCAAUCGGCCUGGCUCCAAGUUGGGGAUCGAGAUGAUGCGAACCAACAGCCGGGGCAGCGUGGUCAGCGGCAGCGAGGAACUACUCCAAAGAGAACGGGAAUCAUUGCGGAGAAGCCAGAGUCGGGGCUCUGACGAGGUCUGUGAAAUCGACGAGGAACCUUCUGACGUAGACAAGGAGCUGGGAAGCGAUCUGGACAAGCUUCGCCUUUCGGAAUACAGCGGAAUUAGUCUACGACAUAGCCCUUCACCAGAGGCGAGAUCUCGACGGCAGUCGCUUUCUGAGCAGAGCACCGAAAUCGACUCUCCUACGCAAAGAAGUCGAUCGGGGACUCUGAUCAAAAGCAAAGGUCAGCUAACGCCUCCUAUCUUGUUCGAGCAACAUGAGGAUGACUUGGAUGCUUCCAUGGUCGUGCCUGACACACCGACUAUCAAGACGAUGGAAGCACCCGAGACGGAAUCAGAUAUGGAGGAUUUCGAUCAGACUCAUGAUUCUGACGCGACCCCUCGACCGCUGCAUACGCCUACCCUUAAUCCAGAUCCAGUGACUCCUCGCAAGCCUUACUAGCUUUGGAGAUAAACUAGAUUCGUCGAGUUUACGGAGUUUGUUUUUCUUUUUUUUUUUUUCUUUCCCAUUCAUUACGGUGUUCGGUUUGUUUGCAUUUACUUCAGUAUUACUCUCCAGUCUGUCGUUUAUUUUUCCCUUUUUUUUUUGUU